CUAAACUAUAUGAGUCUAAAUCCAAAGCCUUAAGUUUUAUGUGAGGGGUUAUAAUGCAGGUCUCGAUUUCUUUAAAAGCGAUGCAAUUACUAUAAAAAAAGUAUAGAACUACUGAGGAUCUAAUUAUAUCAAGCAGAGACUCCUAAGAAAUUAUCAGAAUCUAAGGUUUCUGUAGCUUCUACUGAUUCUAAUUUCUCAACUUUGGCUGAUGAAAACGAUUCGACCCCUAAUUUACAAGAAAAAUUGUAAUAGAAAUAAUGUAAAAUCUACGAACUUAAAGAGGCCAUGUUAACUCUUUAAAGUAAGGUUAAUAGUUUGCAAGCAUAAAACGAUGAAAUGUAAAUUCAAUUAUCAAAGCAACACAAAGAAUUUCUUAGAAAUGACAAAGUGACUCAUUCUGUGAAUCUCCCAAAAUCUACCAGUCAGACAGAAAAGGCAAUGGCGGUGAUUGACAAAUUUAUUUAACCAUUCACUGUAAACUCAUUCAAAUCUUAAGAUGGCAAACCUCCAUCGACUGAAGAGAAGAGGAAGAUGAUAAAGAGAAUGAGCAUGAAUGCAGGGGCAUCUGCAUUUAUGAUGGCCAUGAAAGGGGAUUAUACUACAUUGUAGAGUGCUUUCGAGGAGAUCUAAAGUAACAACAAUCUUGAACAAUCCUGAAUUAAUUAAUUUAAUAUAUAAAUUUUUGUUGCCGCAUACAAAGCA